AUGAAGACUUCCACUCUCUGCACUAUUGCCUUCUCAGCCACGGCCCUGGCGGUUCCGGUGUCUGUGACUACCAGCGAUCACGGCCUGGCUGAUCCUGUCCCUGCCCAUGCUCCCGAGGGUGAGGACCAUGCUCGUCUGCAGUCUCGCACCUUUUUCCCCAUGGGUGGCCUAUGUCCCCCAUGUGGUGAGGAAGGAGCCAGUCUAAAGGCUCGCACCUUUCUGCCUUUAAUCGAGGGUUUGAUACAGCACAAGAUGGAUAAGUUCGGCCUCUGCUCGCCAUGUGAUACCAGCACCAACUCGAAUGAGAAUUCAAACUCCAAUGAUAAUUCCAACACCAAUGACAAUUCCAACACGAAUACCAAUACCAAUACCAAUAACAACUCCAAUACAAACAACAAUUCCAAUACCAAUAACAACUCCAACACGGUGACCAACAAUAUUAAUGGCGGAACUCCUCCCGGAGGCACUCCUCCCACAGGUGGCACUCCUCCCACAGGUGGCACUCCUCCCACAGGUGGCACUCCUCCCACAGGUGGCACUCCUCCCACAGGUGGUACGCCUCCUUCGGGUGGUAUGCCUCCAACUGGCGGUAUGCCUCCUACUGGUGAUGUGCCUCCUACAGGCGGUACUCCCCCGACCGGUAGUAUUCCUCCCAGUGGCAGUAAUCCUCCAACUGGCGGUACGCCUCCUACUGGAAGCACUCCUCCCACGGGCAGUACUCCUCCUUCUGGUGGUACUCCCCCUUCUGGUGGUACUCCCCCUACUGGUGGUACUCCUCCAACUGGUGGUACGCCUCCUACCGGUGGUACUCCUCCAACUGGUGGUACGCCUCCUACCGGUAGUACUCCUCCCAGUGGCGGUAAUCCUCCUAUUGGUGGCACCCCUCCUUCCGGUGGCACUCCCCCAACUAGCGGCACUCCUCCCACUGGCAGUAAUACGUCUUGUGAGGAAGACGACGAUACCUGCACUCCUACUGGUGGCACUCCUCCAACUAGCGGCACUCCUCCCACUGGCGGUAUGCCCCCUACUGGCGGUACUCCUCCCACUGGCACCAAUACAGCUUGUGAAGAAGGCGACGAUUCCUGUACACCUACAACCGGUGGUACCCCUCCCACUGGUGGUAUGCCUCCUACUGGUGGUAUGCCUCCCACUAGUGGCACUCCUCCUUCCGGCGGCACUCCCCCUACUGGAGGUAACCCUCCCACUGGUAUGCCUCCUACUAGCGGCACUCCUCCCGAUGGCAACAAUACGGGAACCAACAAGGGAGGCAAUACAUCUUCUGGCUCUUCUGGUUCUUCUAGCUCUUCCAGCUCCUCCAGCUCCUCCAGCUCUUCUUCCUCCAGCAGCUCUUCAUCUUCUACUACUGGUGGAACUCCCGGAUGCGCUGAAUGCCAAGCCCCCCCUCCCGAGGACUGUGAAGAGUAA